CCUCAAGGCCGCCCGCGCCGGACAGAGCAGCGGCCGGCUCUCGUGCACCCGCGCCCGGUUCCCGGUUCCCGGUUCCCCGGUUCGCGGGCGGCGCGUCAGAGGAGGAGGGUGGAGCGCGGGGAAGGCAGUGAUCUCGGGCCGCCCGCCGGACGCCGAUGGCUCAGGCGAGGAUCAGCGCCAAGGCCAACGAGGGCCGUUUCUGCCGCUCCUCGUCCAUGGCCGACCGCUCCAGCCGCCUGCUGGAGAGCCUGGACCAGCUGGAGCUCAGGGUGGAGGCUCUUCGGGAAGCGGCCACGGCUGUGGAGCAGGAGAAGGAGGUCCUCCUGGAGAUGAUCCACAGCAUCCAGAACAGCCAGGACAUGCGGCAGAUCAGCGACGGAGAAAGAGAAGAAUUAAAUCUGACUGCAAACCGUCUGAUGGGACGAACCCUGACUGUGGAAGUUUCAGUAGAAACAAUUAGGAACCCCCAGCAGCAGGAGUCCCUCAAGCACGCCACCAGGGUCAUUGACGAGGUGGUCAGUAAGUUUCUGGAUGAUCUGGGAAACGCCAAGAGUCACCUGAUGUCGCUGUACAGCGCGUGCUCCUCCGAGGUGCCUGCGGGGCCGGUGGAUCAGAAGUUCCAGUCCAUCGUGAUUGGCUGUGCUCUCGAGGAUCAGAAGAAAAUUAAGAGAAGACUAGAGACCCUGCUUAGGAACAUUGAAAACUCUGACAGGGCCAUCAAGCUGCUGGAGCAUUCUAAAGGGGCUGCUUCCAAAACCCUGCUACAAAACACUGAAAGCAGAUUCAACUAGUGUUCCAAACUAAGAGCCCUUAUAAAUAAUCACAUAAAAAUGAUAACGUACUAUCUUAAGUAAUUACUAGUUCUGUUUGUUAGAC